AUGAGCGACCAGAUGCUUCUGGAGGGCGAGCUGCUGCUGCUUGGGGGCGCCGGGCUUCUCCGCGUCUGGGGCUGCAUGGCACAAGACCUGGCAACAAGUACCCGCUGCUGCGCUUGCUGCAAAUAUGCCCGGGAAGUGGCCGAGUGGUGGUCGAAUCUGCUCUUGGUCAUCGCAGGUGUGAUUCUGCUGCUGGUCGCCAUCUCCACGCUGCUGGGUGCACAGGACGUAGGCUUCAACCUUUUGCUUGAGCUCGCUGCGUUGACCAUCGUCCUCGUCAUCGUGAUGAGUGGCUUGGGAUGGCAGGGUGGCGAGCACGAGCAACAGAGGCCGUGA